CACAGUAGAAUCAGAGAUUGUAGCGUAAGUAGACAAUGAUUAACUUGUGAAGUGAUGUCAUUACGCAAUAAUGUCCAUGUGGUCUUUUCAUUUCAUACCACUACUUCACGGAUACAAAAUGUUAAAUUUCUAAAAUAGGUAUCUCUGAUCGCUUUCGUUCAUUUAACAAAUAUUCUACGAUGAUUAAACUAUCACAUACACGAUGACUCUUUAGUUAUUAAUUAAACGAAACGAAACAUAAUAAUAUUAAAUAUUUAAUUAUUUUAAAUUUUUCUAUCAAUGUUCGAUAAUGUUAAUACAGUAACGAAAAUCAAAAAUUAUACUAAUCGAAAAUGUUACAAGAAAGUAAUCCAGGAGCCACCACAGGUGCGAAAAACGUUUUCAUUACUUCGUUAAUCUCAGGUGCUCUCGCAGGAACUAUGUGCGAUUUUAUAUCAUUUCCUUUGGAUACGCUUAAAACGCGAUUACAAAGUCAACAUGGUUUCUUAAAAUCUGGUGGUUUUAGACAAUUGUAUAAGGGUUUAGGCCCCGUAAUGAUAGGAUCCGCACCAUCAGCUUCGUUAUUUUUUAUAACUUAUGAAACUUUAAAAAUAAUGUUUCAACCUCAAAUACCUGAACAAUAUCACGUGUUUAUACAUAUGACUGCCGCGUCAGUCGGAGAAAUGGUUGCAUGUCUUAUUCGAGUCCCAGUAGAAGUAGUGAAACAAAGGAGACAAGCAUUUUUAAGCGAUGCCCACAAAUUACCUUUGAGAGCUUUAUAUCGUGGUUACGGAAGUACUGUGAUUAGAGAUUUACCGUUCGGUUUAAUUCAGAUGCCACUCUGGGAAUAUUUUAAACUUUAUUGGAAAAAGCACGUGAAACGUGAGUGCACGCCUAUGGAGGGUGCUAUCUGCGGAUCGACGUCAGUUGCCAUAUCUGCGGCCCUAACGACACCUUUAGACGUUGCAAAAACUAGAAUAAUGUUGUCGAAUGUGACGGUAGGGAAAGAUGAAAUAAAAAUAUCCGCGAUGUUAAGCAAAAUUUACCACGAUCAUGGUUUUAAAGGACUUUUUGCAGGCUUUGUACCAAGAGUGUGUGGUUUUACUAUUAGCGGAUUCGUAUUUUUUGGUGUUUACGAAAAAGUUAAAGAAAUUUGUACUGCGGUUUUGCCACCAUAAUGUUGUGAAAGAUACAUUUAUAAAUAUAAAUCAUGGUUAAUAUUUUGUCAAAUAAUACUACCA